AGUGGCGAGCUGGCUUCGCGUCCCCGGAGCUCGACCCUGAGGGGCAUCUCGGACCCGGGAAAAGGAGGGACUGGACAUUCAGGUCCCAGAGUGGCCGUUGAGCAUCCAAAAUGGAUGACAGCCUAUUUGUCAGUUUGGACAGACUUUUGCUAGAAUUUGUUUUCCAGUAUGAGCAAGAUAUACGCACCAAAGAAGAUAUGAUUCAACUAAUUAAUAAAAACUUUGAAGAUAUUAAACAAAACAAAGCAGCUAUUAGUAAGAUACAUGAAGCUAUAAAUACAACAGAUGAGGAAAUUGGUCAUUACUGUAAACAUAGUAAAGAAAUCAAAGACAACUGUAGUAACUGGAAGCCAACAUGUGAUGUUUUUCAUAAACAUGAAGACUAUAUGCAAGAACAAUUGGCUAUUUAUCAAGAGACUAUUGAAAAAGACAGAAAAAUGUACCAUGGCUAUGUAUGUCAGUAUAAAGAUGUUUUGAAGCAAUACCAACUAAAAUACUCAGAAACACCCCUUUCACAUGAAUAUUAUGAGAAGAAAAAGGAACAUGAAGAAAUUCAAAACAGAAUGUUGGCAUGUACUGAACAACUAAAACUGAAUGAAACGAUUUUUAUGGAAUUGCUUGUGCCUGCUCCCUUUUCAUCACUUACUAAAUGGACAUUACAUUUGGUUAAUUUGAGAUGUAAAACACAAGAUAUUCUUAAACAUGCCAACAAUUUUUCCAAAAUUUCAUGUGAAUUGAAGAAAGAAGUAGAUGAACUGGAAAAAGAAAUUAAUUAUUUAAACCAGCGGAUUACAAGGCUUCAUGAAACUAAAACGUUUUCAGAAACCCUGGAAGAAAAAAAUAAAGAAAAGAGAAAGGAAUUGAAAGAAAGCAUUUUUGAAAAAGAUGAGCAACAUGCACAUAUAUUGAAUAAAACCUCUCAGAACAGUCAAUUAUUUCUGCCAUAUGAAUUUCAGAAAUUAAUCAGACCAAUAACUAUGCAUUCUUCAGAAUCAAGAGUUAUAGGUACAGUUACAUGUGGAGAACAUUUUGAGAUGCCAAGAGAUAAUGAUGAAGUAGAAGAAAGGGCUGAGGAUUUUCCACAAACUCCUGAAAUUCCUCUAUUUUUAAGAACUCCUGAAGCUGUGAAAACACCUGAAUCUUUGGAGAAAUUAGUGUUCCCUAAAACCCCCUCAAUUGAAAUAUGGAUAUUCUUCCUGAUUUCUUCUGGAAUAAGGAAUUAUAUCUUAUAUGCACAGUUUAAUGAACAUAACGCUGCAGGAAAUUUAAAUCCUCUCUCAUCACAGCAAGAAAUUGGAAACAUAUUUGGAAAACCAGAAGGAGAAGAUGCCUUUACAUUUUCUUUUUCAUCAGACUCUUCAACUCAUGCAUUUGGAGCUGGAAAAGAUGAUUUUAGUUUUCCAUUUUCAAUUGAAUAGGAUCAAAAUUCAACAUCAUCUUCUGUAAUAUAUUUUUUGUCUUUUUUACAAAAUACAACACAAUUUCCUUUUUUGAACUAAUUAGUAAUUUCUUGAAUUGUUUUACUGCUUUGUAAUCAUCUAGGGCAUAAAUUUACA